CUUCCAAUUCCUACAAAACAAAUCCACUUUAUCCAAACAUCACAAACAAUGCCCACAUACAUCCAAUCCCAUCAUAUUACUCUACAUCCUUCAAAGAUAACACCUUUAUCAACCAAUGAUCAUAAAGAUUUGAUCUUGAUGUGUUGAUGUGAAUGUACAUACAAUUCUUACCGUGGGUUGCACCACAUCAUGCCCAUUUCCCAAGUAUAAAAACUUCAAGAAUAAAACUUUGCAUACCAAGUGUUUGUUGAAUUACCUGAACCAAAAUUAUUCAUCAUGGCAAAACCAGUUUCAAUUGAAGUUUACAAUCCUAGUGGAAAAUACAGAGUUGUUAGCACUAAAUCUAUGCCUGGCACUCGUUGGAUCAAUCUCUUAGUUGAACAAGAUUGUCGAGUGGAGAUUUGUACCCAGAACAAAACUAUAUUAUCUGUUGAUGAUAUCAUUGCUUUGAUUGGAGACAAGUGUGAUGGGGUAAUUGGCCAGUUGACAGAAGAUUGGGGAGAGACUUUGUUCUCUGCAUUGAGCAAAGCAGGUGGCAAAGCAUUCAGUAACAUGGCUGUUGGUUAUAACAAUGUUGAUGUUAAUGCUGCUAACAAGUAUGGUGUUGCUGUUGGUAACACUCCUGGAGUUCUUACUGAGACUACAGCAGAAUUAGCGGCUUCACUAUCCUUGGCAGCUGCCCGAAGGAUAGUUGAAGCAGAUGAGUUCAUGAGGGCUGGUCUGUAUGAAGGAUGGCUUCCUCAUUUGUUUGUUGGAAACUUGCUCAAGGGGCAGACUGUUGGUGUCAUUGGAGCUGGUCGUAUUGGGUCUGCUUAUGCUAGAAUGAUGGUUGAGGGAUUCAAAAUGAACCUGAUAUAUUUUGAUCUGUACCAAUCAACUCGACUGGAGAAGUUUGUUACUGCUUAUGGUGAAUUCCUGAAAGCUAAUGGUGAGCAACCUGUCACUUGGAAAAGAGCAGCGAGUAUGGAUGAAGUACUUCAACAGGCUGAUUUGAUAAGUCUGCAUCCUAUAUUGGAUAAAACAACUUACCAUCUUGUCAACAAAGAGAGGCUCUCAAUGAUGAAAAAGGAAGCGAUUCUCAUUAACUGCAGUAGGGGUGCUGUCAUUGAUGAAGUAGCUCUUGUUGAACAUUUGAAGGCAAACCCCAUGUUUCGAGUUGGUCUUGAUGUCUUUGAGGAUGAGCCAUUCAUGAAACCUGGCCUUGCUGACAUGAAGAAUGCUGUUGUGGUGCCACACAUAGCUUCAGCUUCCAAGUGGACUCGUGAAGGAAUGGCGACACUUGCAGCUCUGAAUGUCCUGGGAAAAAUCAAAGGAUACCCAGCAUGGGCUGACCCCAACCGCGUUGAGCCAUUCUUGAAUGAGAAUGCUCCACCCCCGGCAGCUUGCCCGAGCAUUGUCAAUGCCAAAGCUCUAAGCUUACCUGUUUCAAAGCUGUAGAAAUCGAAGCAUGGCAUCAAAUAGAGUUUUGCUGUAAUAAGCUUGUGCUUUGAAAAUGCAACACUUUUUAGAAGGAGCUUGAUGGAUAUAUAUGUAACUAAUAUAGUUGAGUACACAGUGAACUGACGAUGUGUCUAUUCUUGAUUAUAUAUCUAUCCCUAUUCGCAUUCGAUCAUGUACUGCUAGAAGAUACAGAGUAUCGAUCAUCCUAAAUGUUCUUGGUUUCAUUACAUCGAUCAUCUGAUAGCUCAAAUUAAUUAUGCU